AUGCACCAUCUCAAGCUUCGACCUCUCACCUUCCAAACUCUGUCACAUCUAACUCAACUCUUCAGCAGUUUGGGGGAGCUCCAUACUAUCUCUCAGAGAGGCUACGGCACCACCUACACCAUCAGACCAGGCAGCCGCUACCCAAUGACCCGGCGGACACCCAGUCCCGGUUCCCCGGACCGCUCAGAUCCUCUGGGACCCAUCCGGGGAUUCGGUCUGGCCACUUCUCCCAUCAUACCCCCCACCAUCCUUAAGUCGUCUAGCCUCAGUCUCCCUCACGAACCUAAAGAAGUGCGUUUCGUCAUGAGGAGCUCCAGCGCACGGAGUCGCUCUCCCUCGCCCGCCCCCUCCUCGGGCAUGCCCUCCCCCCUGCUCACCCUACGGCCGUUCCACCAGAAGCCCCUCCACCUGUGGAACAAGUAUGACGUUGGCGACUGGCUGGCCAGCAUUAACCUGUCUGAACACCGGGAGCGAUUCCAAGAGCAUGAGAUCGAGGGCUCCCAUCUGCCUGCUCUGACCAAGGAGGACUUCGCUGAGCUGGGCGUGACACGCGUCGGUCACCGCAUGAACAUUGAGCGCGCCCUUAAACAGCUGCUGGAGAGUUGACCACGCGCCUCCCUCUACCUGUAGCUAGUCUCAACACAGUUUUCUUUUAUUUUCUUAUUUAAUUUGCUUGUCAUUUUUCUUGCAAUUCUUGAGCUUUAAAUCCGAAGUGUGUCAUUUCGAUGUUAAAAUAAUUAUCCUAUCCCACGCUUUUGUAAAAAGCAAUCCCUGGGGUGUUACUAAAUGGUAUUAAUAUGUACCAUUUAGGUACUAAUAGGUACAUUUUUGGUGCUGAUAUGUAAGGCAGAGAUGUCUAAUUUUGCUCCUGGAGGGCCACCUUUUUCAGAGUUUAGCUCUCAGCAGUUUCAAUACACUUGCCUGGAAGUUUCUACUGAUUCUGUAGACCGUGAUUAGCUGUUUAGCUGAUGUGUUUAACUGGAACUAGAGCUAAACUCUGCUGACAAGUGGCCAUCCAGGAGCAGGAUUGGACACCCCUGCUUUAAGGUACUAUUAUGAACCCUUUAGGGGUAGAAAUAAGUAGGGUUGCAAAGAGGCAGAAAUUUUUGGAAAGUUUACAGAAAUGUUCCACCCUUUGCAGCCCUAUAAAUAAGGUACAACGGAAGGGUACUGCACCAGUGCACCAACAACUUUUUUGGACCUCUUUUUCCAGGAAUGCAAUUUAAUAUUCCCCUGAAAACAUUGCUCUGUUUAUUUGAGCAUCCCAACCAAUCCGACGCACCAACAUUGACAGUGUUUGGCCAACCAAUGGCAGUCUAUUUAAACAAUCAUUUUUGCUAUUGCCGCAGAAAUUACACACUUCAGUUUUAAAUAAUCUCACUAUUUCCUAAAUCCAUCAUUGGUGUAGUGGGUGUUGACUCCAUGCUGUUUUUUGUAGCACUAUCCUAAGCCCCUCCAGCACAUGGGUGCUGUGUAUUUGGAAGGGACUGUGAAUUUAGUGAUCGAAUUGGCUUUGUUCACACUGCACAAAAAUCUGAUUUAUUUUGCAAAAUCAGAUCUGCUGACGGCGUCUUGCCAUGGUGCCAAACUCAUGAUGCAUUUAUUUAAUGCAUUUAUGCAAAUACUUAAAACCGCUCAUUGAUUCAACUUAUUUACUAUUCACUGUAUAGUUUCCUAUAUGGUGAAAAAGCGAGAGAAAAUUAGUGUAUUUGCAAAGUAAAUAUCAUCCCGAAUUAGGAAAAACUACUUGAAAUCCAAUUUGACAGUUCACACUGCAUUUGAAUCUGAUUUCAAACCACUUACAGUAAUGGGGUUCCAAAAUAAUGCUCAAAUGCUACAAAACUCAGAUUUUUGCUGUCUGUCGAAAACAAAGCCUAUUCAAAACAUCUCGUAAUUGAUUCUUCAGUUUCAUUAGCAUGAUAAACACCCACUAAUCCCUUAGUCCCAAAUCCAUUUUUUUCUACUUUACUAUUCGCUUCUUACUGCUGUCAUUCAUUCAGAGAAAGGAGGGAUGCUGUUGAGAAAAGGAAGUUCAGUUGCCUUUCAGAGUAUUUUUUUAGGAGUGGAUGAGCAGAGUGGGCGUGGCCAGAUCCUCUCUGUUUACCGCCUGCCCCCUUCUGGCUGAGGGACGUACUACACUCGGAGAAUGUUUAACCAACACUAGUGGCUUUUUCAUAAUCAGACUCUUAACUUUGGGUUUCCAAAGGAAAUAUGACAUUAGAUAGAAUAUCUCAAUGUAUUUAAAUAGCUUUGAAAAUGGAGGGAGACAGCAAACAACAGGACGGACCGUGCAAAACUGCACCUGUCUCUCUCCCUAGAUGAUUUAUUCCACCAAUAAUUUACCCAUUUUUACCAAUUAUAUACAUAUAUAUUUGACAGAAAAAAGGUAUAUAGAUAUAUGAAUAUAAC